CCUUCCUUCCUUCCCUCCCUCCCUCCGGGCCCCCGCCUUGCGGCCCCCGCCAUGCCCCCCAAGAAGCAGCAGCCUCCGGCCGGGGGGAACAAGAAGGCGGAGCAGAAGAAGAAGGAGAAGAUCAUUGAGGAUAAAACUUUCGGUCUGAAGAAUAAGAAGGGAGCCAAGCAACAGAAGUUCAUCAAGGCGGUGACUCAUCAAGUGAAAUUUGGCCAGCAGAAUCCGCGACAGGCUGCACAGAGUGAAGGUGAUAAGAAAUUAAAGAAAGACGAUAAGAAAAAAGAACUACAGGAACUCAACGAGCUCUUCAAACCUGUCGUCGCUGCUCAGAAAAUCAGUAAAGGUGCCGAUCCUAAAUCAGUGGUAUGUGCGUUCUUCAAGCAAGGUCAAUGUACUAAGGGAGAUAAGUGCAAAUUCUCCCAUGACUUGUCUCUGGAGAGAAAAUGUGAAAAGCGGAGCGUUUACAUCGACGCGAGAGAUGAAGAGCUUGAAAAGGAUACAAUGGAGAAUUGGGAUGAGAAAAAGCUGGAAGAAGUUGUGAACAAGAAGCAUGGUGAGGCGGAAAAGAAAAAACCCAAAACUCAAAUAGUAUGCAAACAUUUUCUCGAUGCUAUCGAAAACAACAAAUACGGCUGGUUUUGGGUUUGUCCCGGGGGCGGCGACGUGUGCAUGUACCGCCACGCUCUACCUCCUGGCUUUGUGCUCAAGAAAGAUAAAAAGAAGGAAGAAAAGGAAGACGAAAUUUCAUUAGAGGACCUCAUAGAAAGAGAGCGUUCGGCUUUAGGACCAAACGUCACCAAAAUCACCCUAGAAUCAUUUCUCGCGUGGAAGAAGAGGAAAAGACAAGAAAAAAUCGACAAAGCUGAACAGGACAUGGAAAGGAGGAAAGCCGACUUCAAAGCGGGCAAAGCGUUGGUGAUCAGCGGCCGAGAAGUGUUUGAGUUUCGACCCGAGCUGGUGGAUGACGACGACGAAGAGGCGGACGAUACUCAUUAUAUCCAAGGAACGAGUGGCGAUGAGGUCGACGAUACGGUGAGGAUAAAUGAUAUAGAUUUGAGCCUGUAUAUUCCGAAGGACGUAGACGAGACCGGUAUCACCGUGGCCAGCCUUGAACGAUUCAGCACCUACGCUUCGGCGGAUAAAGACGAAAAUAAGUUGAGCGAAGCUUCGGGCGGCGGGGCGGAAAACGGCGAGCAGAGCGAUUUGGACGAGGGCGUGGACGAAGAGGACCGGGAGAACGGAGUCAUGGAUGCCGUCCCCGUGGACGAGAACCUUUUCACGGGCGAGGAUCUGGACGACCUGGAAGAAGAGCUGAACACGCUCGACUUGGAAGAAUGAGGCCAAGGCGGACCAAAGGAGAGUAAAAGACCACUCGUCGGCAAUGAAAGAAUCGGCUUCCUCUUUUAUUUCGUCUAGAAUUCUCAAAAGGGCGUUCUCGGUCUCCUGUGCUGAGUAUGGAGGGCCUACCCUCCCAAACAAAGAAACAAACAAACAAAAAAAGGAAUAGUUACCCUGAACCCCCUCGGGUCCGACUUUGCACCUCAUAAUAAGUUCAGAGUAGGUCAUCAAUAAAUUGAGAAAUGAUGGUCACCGCAGAAAUGAUUGUUGUAACUGUGUCAACUCAAGUAGGAAGUGUAACUGCUUUUCCCAGCUUGUGAGUCUCAUUGGGCGUGUGUUAUUAUCAGGUACAAAUCGAAAGUGUCCCUCAACAUACGCUGCGUCUUUAACGAGUGGAUUCAGUGUCUCGGUAUUUCUUAAAAAAAAAAAAAGAGAGAGACUGCCUGAAAUAGAAACACUCUACUCCAGAAAUGGAAACUGCCCAUGUAGAUUCAGUGUGGCGUUUCUGUGGACGGUCGCUCGGGUGGACGGGAAAGAUGCCAGUUCUUUAAACUCCCAGCGUCUGCCUCGGUACCCUCUGUUGAACCUUUUUAAGACCUUCCCGUCUCCUUUUUUUCGCCAACGAAGUUGUAAAUAAAGACUACCAAUUGAAAAUCCACAA